GUUUCUUCUCCUCUAUACGUAAAACAUACAUCUCACUGAUCUGAGCUUCAACAUUCAAACUUUACUCUCACACUGUCCUAUCUACAAAUCUCAAAGCAACUCCUUUGGGUUUUUGGCUUUAAAUCAUCAUUUCAUCAUCAUUAAUCACUAAUUCACCAUUCAACAUAAACCCCUACUUUUUCAUUUUUGGCUUUCAGGUUCCAUUAAUGGACUGAAUCAGUCAGUCAAAACUCAGGUUUCAAGUGGAAAAUAUCAUAGCUUAAGCAUGUCGAGAGAGAGCUCCAGUUUUCGAAUAAUGGCUCGAAAUGCUCAUUCGAGGAAUCCACAAGACGAAGCAAACGAGAAUGAAUUCGACAACACGCUGAAUUCAGCUCACUUUCCACCUCCAAGAACACCGUUAAACACAAUUCCAGAUCCGUGUCAGUAUCGCAGAGAGACUCAUGAAUACGAUUUUGAUUCUAAGGAUAAGUUUGAAACUGCUCGAGCUGGUAGAGUUUCAGGCAAGAAACUCGAGGCCGUGGACAGAGCUGCAAGUUAUGCGACGCCUAGAGUUUCCAAUCGUCAAGGUAAAGUGCAUUCAGAGUCAAACUCUGCACAGAGCACUCCAGCAAGAAGUGGCUCCAGAGCUUCUCUGGGAGGAGCAACGGUAGCUUAUACAGCUGGGACAAAAAGCACGUAUUUCACUAGAGGAAAAGAAGCAGGCUCUACUUAUAGGCUUUCAAGAGGGAUUUCGCUGGAAAAUUCUGAUUUUUCGGUGGAAGUUCCGCAUUUUGAGUUAGAUGAAGAUGCCUCAUUCUGGGCAGAUCACAAUGUACAGGUUUUGAUAAGAUUUCGGCCACUUAGUAACGUUGAGACAAUUUCACAAGGAUAUGGGCGGUGUUUGAGGCAGGAGAGCGAACAGACAUUAGUGUGGCUUGGUCAUCCUGAGACUAGAUUCACCUUUGAUCAUAUAGCCUGCGAGACCAUAUCACAGGAAAAGCUAUUCAGGGUUGUCGGACUGCCUAUGGUGGAAAAUUGCAUGUCUGGAUAUAAUAGCUGUAUGUUUGCUUAUGGCCAGACAGGUAGUGGCAAAACGUAUACUAUGAUGGGUGAGAUAAACCAGCUUGAAGGCAACAUCAGUGAAGAUUGUGGGAUAACCCCUCGCAUAUUUGAGUAUUUAUUUUCAAGGAUAAGAAUGGAAGAGGAGAGUAGGAGAAAUGAGAAGCUGAGGUUCAGUUGCAAAUGCUCCUUUCUGGAGAUAUACAAUGAGCAGAUAACAGAUCUUUUAGAACCUACAUCUACCAAUUUGCAGCUUAGAGAAGAUUUAAGAAAAGGAGUAUAUGUUGAAAAUCUUACGGAGUACAAUGUGAAGACUGUUAAUGAUAUCAUUAAACUUCUGUCACAGGGUGCUGCAAAUAGGAAAAUGGCAGCAACCAACAUGAACAGUGAGAGCAGCCGUUCCCACAGUGUCUUCACUUGUAUCAUUGAAAGCUGGUGGGAGAAAGAUUCCAUGACCCACUUUAGGUUUGCAAGGCUAAAUUUAGUAGAUUUGGCUGGUUCUGAAAGGCAGAAAAGCUCUGGUGCAGAAGGAGAUCGUCUAAAAGAAGCAGCAAAUAUAAACAAAUCUUUAUCAACUCUAGGAUUGGUGAUAAUGUCAUUGGUUGAUUUAGCACAUGGGAAACAUAGACAUGUUCCGUACAGAGAUUCUCGGCUGACAUUUCUACUACAGGAUUCUCUGGGUGGAAACUCUAAAACAACCGUUAUAGCAAAUGUCAGCCCAUCUAUGUGCUCUGCACAUGAAACACUAAGCACUCUGAAAUUCGCCCAACGUGCAAAACUCAUCCAAAAUAAUGCUAAAGUGAAUGAAGACGCUUCUGGUGAUGUUAGUACUCUCCAACGGCAAAUUCAACAGUUGAAGGACCAACUAUCCUUUGUAAUAAAGCAUCAUAACCUCUCGACGUCUCUCUCAAGUUGUAUGCCAAAUUUUGAAGACUCUAGAUUGGUUAGCUACCCACAAAUGCAUAAUUCCUUAAAAGAUAAAAGAGCAGCUGAUAACCAUGAUUUAAAAAGCAUUGCAAAUAAGAAGCUGAAAUGCAUGGAAGCUACUUUAGUGGGUGCACUUAGGAGAGAAAAGAUAGCAGAAACAACACUUCGGAAGUUAGAGGCUGAAAUUGAGCAGAUAAACCAAUUUGCUUGCCAAAGGGAGGAGGAGUUGAAGCAAACCAAAGUGAUGCUAAGAUUUCGAGAUGAUAAAAUUAAACAGCUAGAGUUUUUAGUGGAUGGUUCAUUGCCUGUUGAUCAUUAUCUCAUGGAGGAAAACAAAUCUUUAAAGGAGGAGAUCCUGCUACUUCAAGCAAGAAUUGACAAAAAUCCAGAAUUGACACGCUCAGCUUUGGAAAAUUUAGAACUUCUUAAGCAGCUUCAAUUGUUACAGAAUUUUUAUGAAAAAGGAGAACGAGAAACACUGUUGGCUGAAAUAUCACAAUUACGUGAGCAGCUCUUGCACGUGCUUGAAAGAAAGCUCAAUUUCUCCUAUGAAUAUGAGAAUCAGGAUAGUGGUAUUUUAGGAGAGUUGGAAGAUUGCAGGAACAUGAAUUCCAAACUUAUCAGAGAAGUAGAAGACUUAAGAAGAGAACUGAAAAGAUAUUCGAGUUGUAGUCAAGCUGCUUUUGAUGCUGUAACAGAUUCUUUUUCCAAGGAUCCUGAAGAAAUUAGGCUUUCUUUUCCCAAGGAUCCUGAAGAAAUUAGGCUUUCUUUUUCCAAGGAUCUUGAAGAAAUUAGGAAUUCAGAUAAAUACUCAUUGGUCGAGACUGUUUCUGCUGAAAGUGAGUCUGGAGAUGAGAUGGCAUCUUAUAGGCAGGCAGAUGGUAGUCAGAAGAUGAGAAAAGCCUUAGUUAUUCAGUCUAGUGAUACUCAAAAAGAGUUGAUGGAUGCUAGAUCGUUAAUAAAAGCAAUGGAAUCUGAGCAUGCCCAUCUAAUUGAAGAACUGCAACUUACACAGGAGUUGAAUUGCCAGUACAUGGAAAUCUUAAAAGAGAAGAACAAAGUAGAACAAGAAUCAGUGGUUGAAGCUGGAAGUGAGUGUCUGGAAUUACAAAAUCUAGAAAAGAAGAACAGAGAUCUAGUUACGGAGGGCACAGAAAAUCUCCAAAGCAACUUGCAAGCCAAGUUGGAGAAACUGAGUGAAGACCUUGAGCAGGCAAGGUUACUUAAUUGCCAAUAUCAAAAAGAUCAGGCAUCACAGUUAUCUCACCAGCAUCAAGUUAAUUUAAUCCAUGAACAAGUUGAGAUAGAGACAACAAAAACAAUUAUUCAUUUACAGGAAGAGGUUACUGCUCUUCAAUUAGAACUCAAUGAGAAAUUAUGUUCCAUGACCCAAGAAAACAUGAGGCUACGAAAUACCCUAGAAGAGAAAGAGGAAGAGAUAAGGGUACUUUGUGGGGAGUGGGAAAGGGCAACCUUUGAACUAACAAGCUUCCUAGUGGAAGGAUCAAAAUCCCUUGAAGAAGCCUCAGGUCAGAUUGAAAGUAUUGUCUGUUCAUUUCCUCAAGAGAAUGUUUGGAUUAGAGAACAAGUUGAGAAGGCUGCCAAAGCUUGCAUUGACAAGGAAGAAACAAUUUUAUGGCUAGAGAAAAGCUUGGAAGAUGCACAGAAGACAGUUGCAGACAUGGAGCUGAACUUACACCUCUUAAAGGAAGCAACAAUGGCUUUGAAUGAAUUUCCACUAUCAGACAACGAUCAAAGCAUAGAAGAGGCAAUCAACUUAAGCAUGCUGUUAAAUGAGAAGUUCAAAACGAUAAAGAUGCUAGAAAGUAAUGUCAAAUAUCAGGAAUGUCGCACUGUUGAAUCAGAAAAGCUCACUGAUGCUGCAUUGUCUGAUUGCACUGUUGAAUCAGAAAAAUGUGCUGAUGCUGUAUUUUCUGAUUGCCACAAGGUUUCUCUAUGUAAUGACAUUGCAGAGAUGAGCAAAAUGGUUCAAUCUUUAGGCCUGGGAAUGGAAAUUGCAGAACCCUCCUAUCAUAAUGCCAGAAAGUUAGUUGCUGAUGACAAGGUUCAUUAUGCUAGUACUUUCUUAAGCAAGUGUGAGGAAGCCCAAGCAACAAUGAAGGAAGCUGAUCAUACAUUGAAAGUGCUGCUAAAAGCAAAUGAAAAUGCAAAUCACUUGAGUUUUAUGUGGAAGCAAUCCAGCGAGGAACUGAUGAUGGCAAGGUCACAAUUGCUUGAAGAAAAUGAGCAACUUAAGGCUUCAUUAUGUAUGAAAGAAGAAGAGAACAAAUUACUGCUGGAUGAAAUUUAUUGUGGCCUAGUAGAAAUAGCAAACUCUGUGUCUUUAUUUGAGAGAUGUUUUCAGCAAAUGCAAAGAGAAGUGGAUGACAGAUAUAAGGUCUUACAUUCAGAUCUCUCAUCUAUGGGAAAAGACCUGCUUCACUUUAUUUGCAACUCGAGAUCAUCACUUGAAGUUAUUUUCUCUGAGAUAAUGGAGAAGGAAUUUGGUCUCUUUGUCAGGUAUCAAUGUAUCAUAGAAAAGGUAAUCCAAAAAAUUCCAAACUUUGAUGUACAAUCUGGAAUUCCCCCAUUUGGACAGCAAGACUGCUAUACGGCAAUUGAUGCUUCAGAGGAAGUUUGCUCCAGUGGCAAAGAUGAUAUUCUGAUUACUAAUAAGGUCACAGAAGGGGGUAAACUAGUUGCAGACCUGGAAGAAGGAAGCCCGGGUGUAUCAUAUGACAGCAUGACACAUGAUAACAUGUUUCUUAAGAAAGAAUUGGAAAGGAAAGACUUUUUAUUGAAGGGUUUGCUUUUUGAUUUUAGUUUGCUUCAAGAAGCAGCCUCUAACAGAAGUGAUAUCAAAGAUGAAGUUGAAAUGUUAAUUUUGGCUUUGAAUGAAGUUCGACAUGAGCUAGAACUGAAAACAAGUGAGCUUGAUAAGCUUAUGAUGCAGUAUAGAAAAGUUGAAGGCUAUCUGGCAGAUACUGAAAAUGCUUUGGCCAUAUCAAAUUCUGAUAUUGUGCAUGCUAAGGAAAGAAUAGAUUCUUUAUCAGACCAAAACGCUGACUUGAGAAUGCUUCUAAAAGAUCUCUAUCUCAAAAAGUCUGAAGCUGAAGAACAAUUGGAAGAACAAAAGGAGCUUGUUAGACGCUUGGAAAAGGAAAUUAUUCUCUUAACUUCUUCUGUUGAGAAAAAGUUAUGCUUGUCAGUUGAAGGCUUUGAAGAAGAGUUGAGAAAUGCCAAUAAUGAGAGAGAGCGAUUUCGUGAAGAAAUUUGUGCUUUGAAUGAUAAGCUUCAGAUGGCAUAUGCAUUAGCUGAUGAAAAUGAAGCUGUUGCUGUUGAAGCUCGACAGGAGUCAGAGGCAAGUAAAAUAUAUGCUGAACAGAAGGAAGAGGAGGUCAAGAUUUUAGAACAUUCUGUGGAGGAACUUGAGAGCACCAUAAAUGUAUUAGAGAGAAAGGUGCAUGAAAUGGAUGAGGAGGUAGAAAGACAUCGGUUGAUUAGAGAAUCAUUAGAAAGGGAGCUUCAAGCUUUAAGGCAUAGAUUGUCAACAGUUGAAAACUUCACUGACAUUAUGGACUCUGAAAACAGAAACUCCAUUCAAAAUGAAGAUCUUAUAUCUAGUAAAUUGAAACUCUCUGAGGCGCAUAACCAAAUAAGAUUUCUUGAUAGGGACAUUGCAGAAAAGGAUAAAGAGAUCAAUCAAUUGAAACAAUACAUCUCUGAACUUGUUUUGCAUUCUGAAGCCCAGGCAUCACAGUACCAAGAGAAGUAUAAGACCUUGGAAGCCAUGGUUCGUGAAGUUAAAACAAGUUUAUCGAAUUCAGCAUCGACAGUAGCAAUACAGGAUAAAAGCGAGAAAAGCUCAGUGAGAACAAGGGGCUCGAGUUCACCAUUUAGAUGCAUUGCAAGUUUGGUUCAGCAGAUGAGUCUGGAGAAGGAUCAAGACUUGUCAGUGGCAAGGCUUCGGAUAGAAGAGCUAGAAGCAGCAUUGACUAGUCAGCAGAAGGAGGUGUGUACGCUAAAUGCUAGGCUGGCUGCAGCAGAAAGCAUGACCCAUGAUGUCAUUCGUGAUCUACUUGGCGUCAAAUUGGACAUGACUAACUAUGCAAACUUGAUUGACCAGCACCAGGUUCACAAAUUAGUGGAGGCAGCUCAUAAGCAAACAGAAGAGUUCCGUGCAAAGGAUCAAGAAAUCUUGAACUUGAGGAGACAGAUGAACGAUCUGAUUGAAGAAAACGAGAGUUGCAUCUUUGAAAUAAAAGAGAAAGCAGCAGAUACGCUAGGUGCUCAGAUGAUUGUCGAGCAACUUAAGGAGCGGGAUCAGUGGCUUUCCGCACAGAAUGAAAUGCUGAAGAUGGACAAAAGCAAUCUGCUAAGGAGAGUUGCAGAACUGUAUGAGAUGAUAAAAACUCUUCUCGGAACAGAGUCAGAGAGUACCCAAAAGCAGAUUCAACAGACAUCAAAAACUAAGGAGAAUUGCACGUCAAGGAUGGGUAAUGGUGAUUUCGCUAAGAGGUUGGCACACUCUGAAAAGCUCCUUUCUCGUGUGAAUGAUGAACUUGCGCAGUAUCGUGGAUCAAGCAGCAAUCAUCCGCGAGUCAAAAUCUCCGGGAAUGGCCUAGAAUUAAAACACAGGAAGCAGAAGGCUUAGCGCAACAUUGUACAGAUCCGUUUGUUCUCGUGCAGCUGAAGGGGCUGAUCACCACUUGCAAUGACUACACUUCUAAUAAGUUUUUGGCAUCCGAUAUACCGUACAUCUUCGUAUAUUCUCAUACAAGGCUUUUCUAAGCUCAGUCAAUUCGUUAAAUUGUUGUAAUUAUUUUACAUUAUAUGUUGGUCCUAUUUCAAACGGCUUCUCGCUAGAAACUACAUUUUUUCUUGAAUCAAUUCCACCAAAGGUUUUCAGUAA